CUUCGUUGUAUGAUUUGUUUAAACCACUCCUUUCAAGAACCAAAGAGCCUUACUUAACUUUAUGUUUCUUCCAGAAUUGUUUUGGUGGUACACCAAUGUAGCUAUCAACUUUGGGAGUUGGCAGCACUUCUUUCGCUCUCUCCUUAAAUAUAGUAAUGAGAGAGCGCACCUUUAGAGUUUUCUGUUAAUUAGAUGAAGGGUGGACAAAGCCAUGACCCAGAAUCAUGUGUCAGGGAUGGAGACCUCCGCGAUCUCCGUGUUGAAGCGGGCGGUGGAGCUGGACCAGACCGGCCGCUUUCAGGAGUCUCUGGUCUGCUACCAAGAAGGCAUCCAGCUGCUUAUGGACGUGCUGAAAGCCGUGAAAGAUGAGUCAAAGAGAGGACACUACAGAGAUAAGAUUAAAGGCUACAUGGACCGAGCAGAGCAAAUCAAAGUUCACGUAAACCAGAUGAAAGAAGAUGGAAAAUACCAUGAGCAGGUUAAAAUAGCAGAGGAUGCUACUGGUUACAGCUACGACUCUCUGUUCAAGCCAUAUAUCAGCAGUUUACUCACAGAGGUCUGGGUACAAGACCCAUACAUACGGCACAUCCACCAAUUGUACAACUUCCUGCGUUUCUGUGAGAUGCUGCUCAAAGCGUCGUGCAAGGUGAAAAAGAUCCAUCUCCUCACAUCACAGGAUGAGGCGGAUAGCGGGCAGCAGAGCAGCGCUCUGGCUGAGCUGAAACAGAGUCUCAGUGCUCAGGGAGUGACUCUGGAUCUGCAGUACUCCUCCACCAUACAUGACAGGGAGAUCAGAUUUGACAAUGGAUGGAUCAUAAAGAUCGGAAGAGGACUGGAUUACUUCAAGAAGCCUAAAGGAAGGUUUUCUAUUGGAUAUUGUGACUAUGACCUUCGAGAGUGCCAUGAGACCAAUGUAGACAUCUUCCACACAAAACACACAAAAACACUAUGAGAUCCACAGAGCUUAAAUUAUUCUUUUAUUACAUCGCAGGUGAUUUUACUUCCUGCUCUAAAAACACACCUAAACAUCUGCUGUGUAGUUGGCUUUGCCCUAACAGACAGAUCCCUGUGUUCAGCCUUUAACUGAGUAACUGCAUAAUGCUUUUGAUGUUUUUUAAAAUAAAUUUUUUGUAAUACAGAUAUGUUUUUAUUUUUAAUGGGAUGUUUUUUUUUUCCUUCUUUUUGAUUUUUUUUCUUCUUUUUUUGGUACCCACUUCUUUGGUUUGUUUUCCAACAGGUAAUCCAUGAUGCCUUAAAGGGAAGGUGCUUUUAAGAGUGGCGUACCACCAUCUGGUGGAAGAAUUGAAAAACUUUAGAAUUAUAUUAAAAUGCUUUUGUAAUAAAAUAAUUCAAUUUUUA